CCCCUGUUUUUUGUUCUGUGGUUCAGUCCAUCAUUUGGGUUGUGGCUUGUGGAGCUGUAGUCGUGUCUUUGCGUUUGUUUUCACAACCUCUAUUUUUAGCCAUUUAAGCCCACAUUGGUAUAAUUCAGAAAGUAACACACACUAGAAGCAUGGCAGCCGCUGUCACCCCCCGAACACCGCGGAAGGAUGAUAGCAACCAUAGGUUACAUUUCCGAAUGAUAAACGAGCAACAAGUGGAAGAUAUCUGCAUUGACUUUUUCUACAAGCCACACACUAUCACACUGCUGACGGCUACUGUGCUCAGUCUCAUGUACUUUGCAUUUACCAGGGAUGAUAAGCAAUCAGACGACAACCUCCGAGUUGGUUUAUUAGUGGUUGUUUCCUUCUUCCUGGUCAUCAGUGUCCUGGCCUUUCCUAAUGGACCUUUUACCAGGCCACACCCGGCAAUAUGGCGAAUGGUGUUUGGUCUCAGUGUUCUCUACUUCCUAUUUCUUGUCUUCCUCAUCUUCCUCAACUGGGAGCAAGUGAAGACUUUGAUGUACUGGUUGGACCCUAAUCUGCGUUAUGCCACACGGGAAGCUGACAUCAUGGAAUAUGCUGUAAACUGUACAGUGAUAACAUGGGAGCGCAUCCUGAGCCAUUGUGACAUCUUUGCAUUUGGCCACUUUGCAGGCUGGGCUAUGAAGGCUCUCCUAAUCCGCAGCUACAGCCUGUGUUGGACCAUCAGCAUCACCUGGGACCUGUCUGAGUUGUUCUUCAUGCACCUUCUGCCAAAUUUUGCGGAGUGCUGGUGGGAUCAGGUGAUACUGGACAUUCUGUUGUGUAAUGGAGGAGGCAUCUGGAUGGGUAUGACAGUCUGCCGCUUUUUGGAGAUGAGGACCUACCACUGGGCCAGUAUCAAGGAAAUCCACACCACCACAGGGAAAAUAAAGCGAGCUGUGCUCCAAUUCACACCAGCCAGUUGGACUUAUGUGCGCUGGUUUGACCCAAAGUCCUCCUUUCAGAGGCUAGCAGGCAUCUACUUCUUUAUGAUCCUAUGGCAGCUGACUGAGCUGAACACAUUCUUCCUCAAGCAUAUCUUCAUAUUCCAGGCAUCUCACCCACUCAGCUGGUGUCGUAUCCUCCUCAUUGGAGUCAUCACUGCACCGACUGUACGGCAAUAUUAUGCAUACCUGACAGACACUCAGUGUAAACGUGUUGGCACACAGUGUUGGGUGUUUGGAGCUAUCGCGUUCCUGGAGGCUCUUGCUUGUGUGAAAUUUGGUCAUGAUUUGUUUUCCAAGACACAAAUACGCUAUGUACUCCUGUGGCUGAUCUGUCUGGCACUCAUCACACUUUUAUGCUUAUAUGGGAUGGUGUGGUAUGAACAAAAUAAAAUGAAGAGUGUUUCUUUGCAAAGUGAGGACUGUGAUGACAGCAGUGUUGUCAACUCAUGUGAUUUAGUCCCAGAUGGUACUGCAGGUCAGACGGAGUCCUUGAGAAGUUUACAGCCUACAAAACGGAGGAAUAGAUUAGUGAAUGGCCGUGGAGGGAAGAGACAAUAAACACCACCACUAAAGCAUCCAACAAGGGGUAUGCAGUAUGCACUUAAAUUUACUAAAUAAUUGUGGUUAAAGUUGUAUCAAGGAUUGAAUUAAUGCUAGAUGCCAAAAAGCAGACUUCAAAUUAGUCACAUCAGCAAGCCUUGAUAGAGCUGCACACUGGGGUGAAUAUGCACAGGAUUUUAAAGCAGAACAUUGCUUCACUUGGAUUGUAAAAAUUAACGUGCUAGACUAUGUGUUGUCCUGCACCCAACAAUUUGUGAAUGUUAUUAGAAUGCUUACGGACCAGUCAACACCACCACCCUGAGUACGUGCAUCCUACUGGCACUCUAAAUAUUACUGUGUACAGCUUUACUAGAGAAACUAAAGAUAAUUAUUGUUGUGUGUGGCAUUUUGUAAAUCAUUUG